AUGCUCCCAACAUAUAGAGAAAAAGUAAUUGGCAUCGUUACGCAGUGCAUUCAAAACAAUCCAUCGGAGGCUAAUUACCCACAAAACCUCUGUCGACUUAUAAAGGAGGCUUGUGAUACUGAUUUGAAAGGAACCUGGAAUUGCCACGUUGGUCCCAGCUUUGGGAGGUUUGUUGUAGUUUUUGUUUGUUCCGUAAUUCUGAAUGACGUUUUUUCGCUUAAACCUUUGGAGUUAACCUAUCUCCCAUUCCAGGCUAGUCAUGAAGUCGGAAAUGUGGAAACUAUAUGUUGAAUAACUUUUGAAAAUGUUUGUUGGCAUCCAUAGAUUAAGAACUGAUUUUAAGCAGCCGUUUUUGCCCACUCUGUCAGUCAACCGCAUAUCAUUACCUACACAUUAUUUGCAACAAUCUAAAGCGUACAAUCCGUUUGUAUUUUGUAACCCAAAGUAGCAAUAUUGCAUUGGGAGUACGGAUUUUACCAUAUUGACUUUUAAAAUCUCCAUAUUAACUGUGUUGUUUUUCUUAAUUUUAGCUCCUUCCCUUAUGAGAAAAACUCCUAUUUUACUGCUAUGUGGAAGGAUCUGUCCAUCGUUCUGUAUAAAUAUCACUAA